AUGAGCGUGCAACGCUAUAUGCUCGCCGCGACUUGCGGCGGUUCCGCGCUUGCCAUCGCGGCCGCCCUGUGCCUAACCGUGUCCUUGUUGACUGAAAUCAACUCGUUCUAUGAUGAAGUAAUAACAGAUAUGGGCGAGUUCAAGGAUUAUGCAGACGACGCAUGGGUGCAAAUGUUGAAAACAACUGGAGGAGAUCGUAGCACAGUGUUAUUGGCCAGAACUCGUCGAGAUUAUCAAGUUCCACCUACUGGUGUUGAAGCCGCAUUCGAUGCGGCAAAGCCGGAUUAUGCAGACGAUGCAUGGGUGCAAAUGUUGAAAACAACUGGAGGAGAUCGUAGCACAGUGUUAUUGGCCAGAACUCGUCGAGAUUAUCAAGUUCCACCUACUGGUGUUGAAGCCGCGUUCGAUGCGGCAAAGCCGGAUGGGAGUGGUGGUGGAAGUGGAGGACCCGGACCUGCUGGACCAGCUGGCGCUCCUGGACGAAACGGUAAUCCCGGAAUUCCUGGCACCCCUGGACAAGAUGGAUCGCCUGGAACCAGAACGUCGAACCUCCCCGGACCUGUUGGACCUCCUGGUGCGCCCGGAGCUCCUGGUUCCAAUGGACAGGAUCGCCUGGAACAAGAACGUCGAACCUCCCUGGACCUGCUGGACCUCCUGGUGCGCCCGGAGCUCCUGGUUCCAAUGGACAGUAUGCUACGUGCUACUGGCGCUGCCCUAGCUGAAGAGAAAGUCGGAGGUGAUACGGCCCUAACUACUGGUAAUGAAGACAAAGCUCAAAAGGUUAUUACUGCAUCUGCCGGAGAAGCAGGUAUUAUUGGAACUGAGGAUGCAGCAACUAUAGCCCGAGCUACUGAUGAGACUCUAGUCACUGCGGAGAAGGCUGUAGAUAGCAAACCAGUCGGUGCAGCUCUUGGUGAAACAGAAGGUUCAGGAGAAGACGGAACAUUGACAGGAGCUGUUGCUAUGGAGAAAACAGAGGAUGCUGUCAAAACCGUUCGAACUAGUGGUCUUGAAGCACCUACAGCAGCAGGAGGUGAUGUAGGUUUACUUACAAAAGAAGCACAAGUAGGAAGUGGUCUCGCUGGUCCCGAAGGACCCGUUGGAGCUGUCCUAGCCGGAGGAGCACCACCUGCGGCACCAGACGUCGCCUCACCUGCCUACCCAACACUCCCCGUUGCCUCUGCUGCUAGACUUCGACGAUACUUUAGCAGACGUUUCUAUGUUUAA